AUGGGCGCUACAAUCAUUUCGCAAGGUGGAGACUACACAAGCAAGGACGUUGCUGUCGCCUUCGCCAUUACCAUUCUAGCUGGUCUGGCGACCGCUGUCGGUGGAGCCAUUGUUUUCUUCCCCUCUCUCUCGCGUCAAUUCAACGCCAAGCUGCUGAGUGGUGGGCUGGCCCUCGCUGCUGGGUCUAUUACAUACCUUGCUUUUGUUGAUAUCUUUCCGGAAAGUACCGAGUUCUUUGCCGCCGAUGCCACGACGGAACAGGGAGAGAAUCUAGCAUCCACAAGGGCAACUCUUUGCUUUUUCUCGGGAAUUCUCAUCAUGUAUGCGCUGGACGCUGUGACGCACAAGAUUAGCCCGCAUAGUCAUAGCCAUGAUCUUCCCGUGGCACCAAAUGCUUCUGAUCAUACCGGUAGCACCAAGUCUGUCGACAUGGCUGAAGAACAACUGGACGAAGAGAAGGUUGCCACCAAGAAUGAGAGUGUGGUACAUGUGACUGUCGAUCCAAAAUGCGAUGCAUCCAUCGACGAGGAAGCAGCUUCUUCCAGUUCCGAAUUGGAGGACGAUGAAACAAGCCGACUCCUCACAAACGAGGAGAAAUCAAGUCUGUGGCGGUCAGGUCUUUCAACAGCCCUGGCUUUGAUCCUGCACAAUGUCCCAGAGGGUCUGAUCACAUAUGUUUCGACUGUAAACAACCCAUCUGUGGGAGCUGCCUUGGCAAUUGGAAUUGCCUUGCAUAAUCUUCCAGAAGGCAGUAGUGUUUCCUUGCCAAUCUACUUUGCUACUGGCAACAAAUGCAAGGCAUUCCUAACCAGUGUCAUCGCGGCCAUGGCUCCCAUCUUGGGUGGUUUGAUUGGCUAUGCCAUUUUGGAAACCCGUGACUUUAGCAACACCGCAUUUGGAGUGCUUCACGGAGUUUCAGGUGGUAUGCUCAUUUACAUUGCCGUCAACAACUUGAUGGCAACGUCCUACAAGUACGAUCCCGAAAAUAAAUCGGUCAUCUUCUAUUUCGUCUUGGGUAUGGCAUUGAUCGCCAUUGCGUUGGUGAUUUUGGAUGCCACUGGAAACCACGACCAUGCGGGAGGCCACGGCUCAUCAUCUCAUCAUGCCGAAGGAUCUGUCAUGGAAGAAUUGGGAUCUGUCAUGGAGGAAUUGGUGGCAUCGGACGACCACCUCAACAUGGAGACAACCAGCCACCAUAGCGAUGGUCACGCUCAUGCCCACACAAGAUAA